UCAGAGAAAACAGCACAACACUUUGUGCCCUGCCAGUUAUAACACAACUUAGCAUAAGGAAGUUCCAUUUUAGGUAAUAUUGCUGCUUCCUGAUUCUGCAAAUCUAGAAGAAUAAGUGGUGUCUUUACUUCAGAAGGCUUUUACAGAUGGUACACACUGCAGCCAAGUUGGGCAACACUAUUGUUGGACAGUUUUUUGCUUCAAUGGCAGCCUUUUCAGUGGUGUGUAUUCCUCUGGUGUCCUUGCUGCACACCGCCCACUGCUCUGUCCCCUACAGACACAAACAAGGAGACCCAGUGUUUGUGGAAGAGCAGCCAGCAGCAUCGUUCCUGUCUCGCUCACUGCUUUAUAAUAGCUGGGACUUUGAGCUGGUUGUAGCUGACAGUCUGGAGAGGGAGUGCUUGGAAGAGCAGUGCACCUAUGAGGAGGCCAGAGAGGUUUUUGAGGAUGACACUAAGACGGAAUUAUUUUGGACCAAAUAUGUCAACAAUCAAGCAAAUUCACCCGGAGUGGAUGUGUCGGGGCUGGUGGCUGGAAUCCUGGCUGUAUUAGUGUCCGCUGUUAUUGCCACUGUGUUGGGGAUCUACUGCUACAAAGCCAAGAACAAGGGUGGACAGAGAGCUCCAGUGAGAAUGGCAACAGAUAUGCAUCCAGCCCCAGAAAUGGUGCCCUUGGCUGGGAUUACUGCCCCAGGUCUGCCCAGCUACAAUGAGGCUCUGAAUCGCAGUGGGCAGCAUGAUGCCCCGCCACCACCUUAUUCAGGGGGUGCGCCAUCAGAGCCUGCUGAUGCUGGAGAGGAAUGAGACUGCUGGCAGAGCCACUUGAUAAUGCCUGAUGGGCUCCGGUGGUUUGAGUGAACUUUUAAUUAUUGCUUGUUUUUUUAGUACAUUGUGUUUAUGAGUAACAUUAAAACACAAAUCCUGGUUGGACACUGCUGACCAUAUAAUGUGCAUAUUGACUUACCCGUAGUAUGUUCACUACACACAUGAGGCUUUAAUGUGGGUGCGACUGAGGGUGGGGUUCAUUUUUGUGGUUGUACUAUACACCCAACUGUGCUGUGUACGUUGGAGCAGAGCGAAAAAAUACAAUUCAUAAAGGAUAUUGGUUGUUCAAAAAAAUCAGGCACAAUAUAUAAACUGUAAUAAAUAACAGCAAUUA